AUGCUGGUGCCUGUACUAGUGCUGGAGCUAGUCCUGGAGCUGGUGACAGUUCUUGUGCUGGUUCUUGUGCUGGUGCUUGUGGCUGGUCCCGGUGCUUUUGUUGGUGCUGUUACUUAUGCUGGUGCUUGUGCUUCUGCUCGUGCUGGUUCUUAUGUUUGUGCUUUUGUUGGUGCUUCUGCUGGUGCUUGUACUAGUGCAAGUGCUAUUGCUUGUGCUGGUGCUGGUGCUAGUGAUGGUCGCGGUGCUUUUGUUGGUGAUAUUGCUUACCUUGUUGCUUGUACUAGUGCUGGUGCUGGUGCUGGUGCUGGUACUGGCUCAGGUGCUUGUAAUGGUCCAGUUACUUGUGCAGAUCCUGGUGCUUUUGUUGGUGCUGUUGCUUUUGCUGGUACUUGGGCUUCUGCUGGUGCUUGUGAUUCUGCUGGUGCUUGUGCUAGUGCUGGUGCUUGUGCUUCUGAUGGUGCUCGAACUGGUUCUUUUGCUGGUGCUUGUGGCUGUGCAUGGACUUGUGCUGGUGCUUGUCCUAGUGCUAGUGAUGGUGCUGUUGCUGGUGCUGGUACUAGUGCAGGUGCUUCUUCUGGUCCAGUUGCUUGUGUUGGUGAUGUUGUUGGUUCUUGUGCCUGUAUUAGUGCUGGAGUUGGUUCUGGUGCUAGUUCUAGAGCUAGUACUGGUGCUGGUUCUGGUUCUAGUGCUGGCGCUGAUGCUGGUGCUGUUGCUAAUGCUGAUGCUGGUGCCUGUGCCAAAGCUUGUGCUGUUGCUGGUGUUGGUGGUUCUGGAACUAGUGCUAGUGCCUCACCUGGUGCUGGUGCUGGUGCUGAUGCUGAUGCUGGUGCUGGUGCUGGUGCUGGGGCUGGUUCUUGUGCUUGUGCUAGUGCCGUUGUCGAUGCUUGUGCUGGUGCUAGUGCUGGUACUUGUGUUGGUUGGGGUGCUUCUGCUGGCUAUGGUGCUGAUGCUGGUGCUUAUGCGUGUGCUUGUGUUGAUGCUGGUGCUAAUGCUGGUCCUUAG